CAUUCCCAAAAUUCCUUUGCCAGUCGGCCCUGGACGGGUACCCGGUGUGCAUCUUCGCCUACGGGCAGACGGGCAGCGGCAAGACCUUCACCAUGGAGGGCCCGGCGCCGGCGGGCGCGCCGGCCUCGCGCGGGAUGAUCCCGCGCGCCGUGCGCCACCUCUUCCGCGGCGCCCGCGACCUGGCGGCCAAGGGCUGGCAGUACGGCUUCUCCGCCAGCUUCCUGGAGAUCUACAACGAGAACCUGCGCGACCUGCUGCUGGCGCCCGGGCAGCGCGGCUCCGAGCUGGAGAUCCGGCGCCUGGCGCCCGGCAGCGACGAGCUGCACGUGCCCAAGCUCACCUGGGUGCCCGUGGAGAGCGAGGAGCAGGUGCUGCAGCUGCUGCAGCGGGCGGGCUCGCAGCGCUCGGUGGCGCGCACGGCGCUCAACGAGCGCUCCUCGCGCUCCCACUCCGUCUUCCAGCUGCGCAUCCAGGGGCUGCACGCCGCCCGCGACCUGCGCUGCUCCUCCUCCCUGACCCUGGUGGACCUGGCGGGUUCGGAGCGCCUGGAGAAGUCGGGAUCCGUGGGGACUCGGCUUCGGGAGACCCAAAGCAUUAACUCCAGCCUGAGCGCCCUGGGGCUGGUCAUCAGCGCCCUCUGCAACAAGGAGCAGCACAUCCCCUAUAGGAACAGCAAGCUGACCUUCUUGUUGCAGAACUGCCUGGGGGGGCACGCCAAAGUGUACGUGAACGAGUGCAUGAUCGGCACCGCUCAGGCCAACCGGAAGUGA